CCCACGCAGAUGCCCUGGAUGGACAUGGAAAACUGUUCUGAAAUAGCUACCGACCAUGCUAUCUUGUUUCCAACUUUUUACUAGCAUUAUUGGAAAUAAGAAGGAUACCCUUCUCCCCCACAACACAUCAAAUCAAAAAGCAAUGAAAAGCCAAACCAACCCUACCUUACGUAUGCUUAAACUCAGAAGUCAGAUCCUACUUUCACUAUCAAUAAGAAUAUAAAAGGUGGGAAAUAAACAAAUCAAUCCAUAUAGCAGUGGAUAAACAUGAAGACUCCAUCUUAGAAACCCAUCAUAUCUGAUAUCUAUCCUACUCUAGGAAAAAGUAUAGCAUAUAGAUUUGUUACAUGAUGUUGUAAGGAGUACACAUGGCAGGCAGUUCAAAUAAAUUGUGAGAUUUGAUUUUGACAACGGAUGGAAUGAUUUAGUAUUGUCAACCUAAUAUUUAUAUGGCUAUUCCUAAGAUAGCCAGGAAAGAAUAGAACUUUGCAAGGAUAAAAGAGGAAAAAGGAGAAAAUAAGAUAGUGGGGAAUCCUAAGCUUGAAGGGGCGCAACAGUGAAGAUGACAUAAGCAUUGUUCCUUACAGAACCAAGCAUCAACAGGUGGGGUUAGUGAUUGGUAUGACAAAAAAUAAAAAACAUCCCAUCUCACUUGCAUUACACUUUGAUACCCCUGUCCAUUAGGUUUUUGAUCUAACCUUAAAAGGAUUCCAAUGAGCCUUUUUUCAUCUAUUCAACUUCCCUUGAUCACCAGAACUCAUCUAAAAUGAUGAUCAAAGAAGAUGAAACAACUCUUACAACAUCCAAAGAACAACAAGGUGAAGUAAUGAACGGAGACAAGGACAAUUAUGGAAGCGAAGAUGACAAUCCCAAAGAGUGGUUGAACCUGAGCAUAGGAGGCACUUCACUCUCAAAUGCUGGAGACUCUGAUUCACAAUCAAGACCAUCCACUGCCAAAGUUUUUUCAUGCAACUUCUGCAUGAGGAAGUUCUUCAGUUCACAAGCAUUAGGAGGUCAUCAGAACGCCCACAAGAGGGAGAGGGGAGCUGCAAGAAGAUACCAAUCUCAGAGGUCCAUGGCUAUAAUGGGAUUCUCCAUGAAUACACCCAUGUUUCGGUCACUUGGUGUGCAGCCUCAUUCACUCGUGCAAAAGCCAUGCAGAGGUGGUACUAUGGUGGCACCGAGCUUUCAUGAUGCACAUGCAAGGCUUGGGGUGGCGUGGACACCUUUCUCGUCUGAGGAUCAAACGGAUAUGGUGUGGCCAGGAAGCUUUCGCUUGGUUCCACAACAGCCUCAGCCACCACAGGAGCCACUCAAGCUUGAUUUAGACCUCAGACUCUGAUUGGGUUUUUCGUCUCAGCUUGAGACUUUAUCCUCCUUUUGAGCCAAAAGACCCUGAUCGUUAAUCUAAGCAGGAAAAAAGACAGUUUACUUGGCAGAGUCGAUAACUCAGAUGAUGAUGGUACUGCAUGGUAAAUGGUAGGAGAAUUGUAGUUUCCUUUGUCUAUUUAUGCUUACAUCUUUAGCACCAGAAAACCCAAACUAUAACACCCGGCUAUCUAUUUUCCUUCAUGCUUAAAAUAAUUCCACAUGCGUAGUGCUCACUUGACAUGUUGCUGACAUAAGAAGAUUAUGCUUUUCGACAUUAAAAUUGUGAUUUUCUUCCGGCAUGAACUUCGAUCAUCUUAAUCGAUUGACAAACAGCAACAACUACCUCAACACUUUGUGGAUGCUAGGUACGUUCGAGAUGGGAUGCUUCCAAAAUAUGUAAAGCUUAAAUUUUUAUCAGAUAGAUUUUAACAAAUGAUGACAAAUCCAGUGAGAUUUUCCAGAAUGAAAUUUUCAGUAAGACAGUUGAUGCUACUAUGGCCAUGUACAGAGGGGGAAAAUCCUGAAUUAUUUCAUAACGCUAAAUUCACAAUGAUUUCUAUUCAAAGUUCGGAAUUUUUAACAGGCUUUCACAAAUCAUAGCUGUGUUGACAAAAAAUAUCUUUGAAAUGACGGGUCAAGGUACGCUUAUGUUUGCCAACACUAAAGUAAUACAUAUUCCUACUUUGCUUAACCUACGAGGGGUUUUGUUAUCUAAGCCAUGCUUUACUUCAAAAUAAUGAUUUAAUUGUAGAGUGUUAUCUGCUAAAUACAUUUGACUUGCUUUAAAAUAGCGUUUCGUGAACAAAAUACAUGAGCGAUAGAUACAGAGGCAACCCCAAAAAGCCUUUCCAAAUGCAUAUUGUAAACUUCUGCUCUGUUCCAUGCAUUUCCUUUUUCCUUUAAAAUGAAAGACAUUACUUUAAAGGGGGGUGUGGAAAGUCAUAGCUAUUAGAAAAUUAAUAGUUAAAAUUGUGAUCAGAUGCUUAAGCUUGUAUAUAAAAAGUGAAAAUUUUUAUACGUCAUCCAUUGAUUUUGUAAGUAAUGGCUAUAACUUCUCACUUUUUCAUGUAAAAUGGAUCCCUCGUAGAGAAGUCAGAUCCCUCUCCCCAACUCUUAUGUACAGGAACAAAACAUGAUCAACAUGCAUCUAGAGCUUAUCUCAUGAGAAGCAAAUUAUGGUUUCAAACUGCAAUGGUAAAGGAUGAAUACAAUAUGAACAAGUUAAGAAUUGAUUAGAAACCCUUUUUGCAUUAUGGGAAUUUGCAGCCUUAUAUCUUUAAGAGGAAAUUGCAAGCUUUUGGGUAGUAUGCUUUAUGAUGGGGAGCUUCUGGCUGAUGAUGCUUGGAUCACCAUACGCAGCAGAAUCAAAAGGGUGCCCUUUCUGCAUCAAUCAAUCAGACAGUCAAGUACAAUUAGAAAGGCGCUCAGCAUUAAAAUGUAACUUGUAAAUGAUAGCCAACAUGGCAACUAUUUACAAUUGCUAUAUAUUUUUUCUUAUAUAAGUGGGAAAUAUUUAUAAUUGCUAUAUAAUCAAUUUUGUGCUUUCAAUCUUAUAAAUGUGUCUUUGAGAAUUCAAUAUCAUAUAGGCACACUAAGCGUCACAACUUCUAUCAUUAGUAUUGUUUCUUGAAAAUAUUCGUUCAAAAUUUUGAAAAAGGUGAAGAAGCUUUAAAGAAUCUAGACAACUCAAUCACCUCUCGUUUUGAGUUGUUGAAGCCAUCUGGUUAACACCACUUGAUCCGUGAUCUCAUACAAAAAAAAAAAAAAAAAAUGUAUAGAAAA